AUGUCAUUGUCACAGUUAGAUAAAGAUGGAAGUGGAGGUCCUCCUUCAUCACCAAAGUCAGGUAGUAGUAAUACCGGAGGUUCAACAAUCUCAUCUUCCUCCAAUCUAAAUAGUCAAUCAUCACAUUCCUCUAGUAGUAAUAUCAAUCAGAGUGGCGGUAUCAACAACAAUAAUAGUAGUAAUAGCAGUCAAUCAAAUAUUGGUAUUGGUUCAUCAAGUGGUACAAGCAGUAGUAUUAACAAUAAUAACAAUAGUAGUAACAAUAAUAAUUAUAGUAAUUAUAUACCAAGUAAACUAAGUAGAAGUAAUAGUUAUGUACAGAAUUUAAAUAGACAAAAUUAUUUCUCGCAGCAGCAACAAUCUUCGAUAUAUACAUAUUUGGGCGAUGGUGAACAUCAGCUGCAACCACAACAACAGCAGUCUUUAAAAUCAAGAAUAUUAAACACCUUCACAUGCUAUGUUUUCAAACCAUUUUUAAUUGGUGUAUCAGGUUCAUUUGGUUUAAGUGUUGGUGGUGUAUUGAAUGCACUUCAUCUCUGUAUUAAAAUUAUUUAUUAA